GACGGGGUUGAAAGUGCAUGACAGUCUCUUUCUGUCUACCUGUAGAUUCAUGGUGAAACGCGCAAAAUUUCCCGCUUUUGCGCGUCUAAACGUUUGUGAUUGUGUCGGCUUCGCAUAGUUGUGCUUGUUAGAAAAAGUGUUAAUGUCUUUUGAAUUCUUAACCUCGAUCUCGCGAAAAGUAAUCCGUUAACUGGAUAGAGAUGACUUUGUUUAAUUUGCGAGAAAUAAAAGAACAGCUAAAAGAGGCUAGUGGUGAGCUGAGCCGUUCCGAUGGCGUCUCGUUUACCGGCAAAUCGCUUAAACUCGAUUCAGAGAAGGAUGCCGAUCCAGUAGUACACGCGAUAGAGCAGUGCAAGCAUCUGGUAUUCUUGGAUUUAGAAGGGAACACAUUGGGCCCCGAUGCGGCAAGAGCAAUAGCUGAAGCCUUGAAGAAAAAUGGCGUACUGUUAAAACGAGCAUUAUGGAAGGAUAUGUUCACAGGACGAUUAAAGACCGAGAUACCGGUGGCUCUUGAACAUCUAGGAAAUGGAUUGUGUGCAGCUGGCACUCGCUUGGUAGAACUCGAUCUCAGUGACAAUGCCUUGGGACCAAUCGGCGUCAAAGGACUGGCAUCAUUGCUGAUUUCCAGUCCUUGUCAUACGCUUCGAAAACUGCGUUUGAAUAACAAUGGUCUCGGAAUAUCGGGUGGAGAGAUGCUGGCCAAAGCUCUUUUAUCUUGUAAUGAGAACAGCAUUAAAGAAAAUGGAAUGCCAUUGAUGUUAAAAGUCCUCAUCUUGGGUAGGAAUCGUCUAGAAAAUCAAGGUGCAACUGCUAUUGCAAAGGUCUUCAAAACCAUCGGUACUCUCGAAGAAGUACAGAUGCCACAAAAUGGAAUAUAUCAUAUUGGAAUAACUGCACUUGCCAACGGUCUUUCCUAUAACAAGAAAUUAAGAGUAUUAAACCUAAACGAUAACACAAUAGGUGCGAAAGGUGCUAUAGCCCUCGCGGGUGCACUGCCCAAUUUUCCAGAUCUUGAGAAACUUGAUUUAGGUGAUUGUUUACUUAAGACAAAAGGUGCCUUGAUUUUAGCCGAUGCACUAGGAAGGAAAGAUAGUCACCCUGGUCUUGCAGAAGUAAUUUUAAGUUCCAACGAGAUUGGCAUUAAAGCUGCACUACCAAUAGCCAACGCUAUGGCUGAUAAAACUCAACUGACAAGUCUACAAUUGGAUGGAAACGAAUUUGGGGUAAAAGGACAAAAUGUCUUGAUAGAGGCCCUCACCAAGUCCGAAAGGAUCGACUCUUUGGGUAACUUUGACGAAGACGACGAACAAUUUGACAGUGACGAAGGGAACGAUAACGAUAUUGAUGACAAUGGGGACGAAGAUGGCGAGGACGAAGGAGAAGACGAAGACGAAAAAUAUGGAGAGGAACAGGAAGAUGAAGAGGAAGAUGACGAGAUCGACGAUGACGAGGACGAUGGGGAAGACGAAGAGAACGAUGGAGAAGACGAAGAGGACAAUGAUCACGUUCAAAUAAGCGAGACCAUAGUUGAAAGGAAAGUUACUGUAGAGGAUUUCCUAAGAACACCUACCGGCGAGAAUUUAUUAUUAUUGGACGAUAUCGACAUUCGAGUAUUUGCGGAUCACGCGAAGAAUCUAUCCGACAACCGGGACAUACUUCGGAAUAGCUCUUACCUCGAGGAAUUUGCGAAAAUAAUCAUGAAAGUGUCCUCGCUGUACGACAGCGAUUUUUAUGACGUUAAAAUGGUAGCCCAAAGACUGACGGAUACUUUGUACGCAGAAUUCUUUGCACGAGCAUCCAGAGACAACCAAGUAUCCAUCGCGAGCAAUGCUUUGCUGGUCAGUCUUGGACUGAUUAAGGGAGAAGAUGGCAAAGCGGAAAGGAUAAAUUGGAACUUGAAAGGUUGUUUUAAGGCCUUAGAGAUAAUAAGUCGAAAAGACUACUUUCCUUCGCAGACAAGAGAUACGUUGAAGUUAUUCAUUGAGAAACCUGUAAAGACGAGUAGGACAAAGUUCGAUCCUUACCAAGAUUCCAAGGCUUCCUUAAAAUUGGCAUUGGAUCGGUAAUAGACAGUGUACGCUAUCGGAAAAGGAUUUCUUCUCUCGUUAACAUCUCCUCCUCGGGAAGUUAAUGUUUUUCUCUUCGGUUAGCUCCACUGAUCGUGCCGCGGAUAAUACGAUCUAAAUUCAAGCAACGAAGUCGAUUCGGAUGGAUGGUCAGAAUAAAAACUUUAUUGAUAGAUGGUUAAA